UUUGGACAAAUAAUGAAAGGGCAUGGGAUAUUUUUUGGGAACCAAAAGAUAAUCUACUGUGACUGUUACAAAUUCAAGAUAUUACAGAUAAAGACACUUUUGGUUGGGGUAUCUAGUACCUACCAACAAUGUCUGAAUCUGAAUGAUAUUUUUUUAACAUUUUGUACUUUGUUAAAUUGCUCUAGUCAUUUGAUUCUUUCAUGUGCAUAAUAUGAGGUAAAACUGAAGUGAUAAUUAAGGCACUGGUUGAUGCCUGAAACUUUGAAAGCUUUGUGAAUGAUUCUUUGCUUUGAUCUUGGAACAUUGUAGCUUCUUUCAGUGAUGUAAUGAGUUCAUAACUCUUGCAAGUUGCAACUAGCUAGCUACAAAGCUCUUUAUCUUCUGUUGAGUGUGGUAUUGAGGUUCUCUCAAAAAUGGAGGUGCACUUGCUUACAAGGCAUGGCAGCAUGGUGAUGGUGUUGUUCCUCUUGGUUUUCUGCUCCUGGAUUCCAAUAGAAGUGAUGGGGAGGACAGGAGCUACCAUUGGAAACGCUACCGUUUCUUCUUUGAGUCCAAGAGUUUUGAAAAUUGGGGUGCUGUUUACUUUGAAUUCUGUCAUUGGAAGAUCAGCUAAAGCUGGUGUAUUGGCUGCUAUUGAUGAUGUUAAUGCUAACAAAAGCAUCCUUCGUUCGACUAAACUUGAAAUUAUGUUGCAUGAUACAAAUUGCAGCGGGUUUCUUGGAACCGUGGAAGCUCUGCAGUUGAUGGAGAAUGAAGUGGUUGCUGCAAUUGGUCCACAAUCAUCUGGAAUAGCUCAUGUCAUCUCUCAUGUGGCUAAUGAACUCCAUGUGCCUCUUCUUUCAUUCGCGACAGAUCCUGCUCUAGUGUCACUCCAGUAUCCAUAUUUCAUCCGCACCACACCAGAUGACUAUUUCCAGAUGUAUGCAAUUGCAGACUUGGUUGAUCACUAUAGGUGGAGGGAGGUAAUAGCUAUCUUUGUAGAUGAUGACAAUGGAAGAAAUGGAAUUUCAGUGUUGGGCGAUGCGCUUGCUAAGAAACGUGCCAAGAUAUCUUACAAGGCUGCAUUCCCUCCUGGAGCCCCCAUGAGUAAUAUCAGUGACUUGUUGAAUCAGGUGAACCUGAUGGAAUCACGUGUUUAUGUGCUGCAUGUUAAUCCUGAUUCUGGCUUGUCAAUUUUUGCACUUGCCAAGAAGAUUGGGAUGAUGACUAGUGGCUAUGUGUGGAUUGCAACAGAUUGGCUUCCUUCUGUGCUGGAUUCUAUGGAGCAGGUUAACACUGACACCCUUAAUAUACUACAAGGAGUUGUUGCUCUGCGGCAUCACACGCCUGACACUGAUCUUAAGAAGAGUUUCAUCUCAAAUCUGAAGAGCAGAAAGAACAAUGAGACUGCAGGCUUCAAUUCUUAUGCAUUCUAUGCAUAUGAUUCUGUUUGGUUAGCGGCGCGUGCUCUGGAUACUUUUCUCAAUGAAGGUGGAAACAUAUCUUUCUCCUCGGAUCCUAAGUUGCAAGACACAAAUUCAAGCAUGUUGCAUUUUUCAGCACUCCGUGUGUUUGAUGGCGGUGAUAAGUUUCUUCAGACAAUUCUGGAAACAAACUUCACUGGUGUGAGUGGCCCAGUUCAGUUUGGUAUGGAUAAGAAUUUGAUUCAUCCAGCUUAUGAUAUCAUGAAUAUCGGCGGGUUUGGAACUCGUAGGAUUGGUUAUUGGUCUAAUUAUUCUGGUCUCUCAGUAACAGCUCCUGAAAUUUUGUAUCUGAAACCACCUAACGCUUCGGCAAGCAACCAACACCUAUAUAGUGUUAUAUGGCCUGGAGAAACAACAGUUACACCAAGGGGAUGGGUAUUCCCAAACAAUGGGAAACCAUUGAGAAUCGCAGUGCCUAAUCGAGUAAGCUAUUUGGAGUUUGUUGGUAAGGACAAGAACCCUCCUGGGGUAAAAGGCUAUUGCAUUGAUGUCUUUGAAGCAGCCAUAAAGUUGUUGCCUUAUCCUGUCCCAACAGAAUAUAUAUUAUAUGGUCAUGGUGAUAGAAAUCCCAGCUAUGAUGACCUUGCAUAUCAGGUUGCACAAAAUAACUUUGAUGCAGUUGUUGGAGAUAUUACAAUUGUCACAAACAGGACAAGGAUUGUGGAUUUUACUCAGCCUUACAUGGAAUCAGGGCUGGUGGUUGUUGUUCCUGUUAAGGAAAUCAAGUCAAGCCCUUGGUCCUUUCUAAAGCCAUUCACCACUAAAAUGUGGUUAGUUACCGGUGCAUUCUUUCUCUUCGUGGGAGCCGUCGUGUGGAUUCUCGAGCACCGGCACAAUGAAGAAUUCCGCGGUCCUCCAAGGAAACAAAUUAUAACAGUGUGUUGGUUUAGUUUCUCAACAAUGUUUUUCUCACACAGAGAGAACACUGUGAGUGCACUCGGUCGAUUGGUUCUACUCAUAUGGCUUUGGGUGGUUUUAAUCAUCAAUUCAAGCUACACAGCUAGCUUAACAUCCAUCCUUACAGUGCAGCAACUUUCAUCACAGAUUGAAGGAAUUGACAGCUUGAUCUCAGGUACUCAACCAAUUGGAAUCCAAGAAGGAUCUUUUGCGAAAAAGUAUCUGACAGAUGAACUCAACAUAGCACCAUCUAGGAUAGUUACACUGAAAAAUAUGGAGGCAUAUGUUGAUGCCCUUGAACGCGGACCAAGGAAUGGAGGGGUUGUGGCCAUUGUUGAUGAGCUUCCUUAUAUUCAGCUCUUCAUGUCCAAUACCAACUGUAAGUUCAGAACAGUUGGACAGGAGUUCACUAAAAGUGGUUGGGGAUUUGCAUUCCAAAGGGAUUCACCGCUUGCUGUUGAUUUGUCAACUGCCAUCCUUCAACUUUCGGAGAACGGGGAACUGCAAAAGAUCCAUGACAAAUGGCUUUUGAAACGAGACUGCACUGCGCAACUCAACGUUGAAGACUCAAAUAAACUGUCUCUGAGUAGCUUCUGGGGCCUCUUUCUCAUAUGUGGCGUUGCAUGCUUCCUUUCUUUGGUUGUAUUCUUUGUUAGAGUGUUCUGUCAAUACACCAGAUUUAGCCCUGAGCCUGAACAAGUUGAUGUGGAAAUUCAACCAAGGCCUCCUAGAAGGAACCUCAAAAGUACUAGUUUCAAGGACUUGAUGGAAUUUGUGGAUACGAAAGAAAAAGAAAUCAAAGAGAGACUUAGGAAUAGUAAAAGGAGAAGAAGCCAGAGUCUAGAUGAGCAAUCUAGUUCAUCACCCUCCUAAGUUAACCAUGUACAUUUAUUUUUGGUUGGUAACUCCUUUUAACCAUCCUAUUUUUGUUAUACCAUAGCAACUAUUAGUGACACAAAUUUGUCUACACUGAAAUAUAUAAAAAGUUUAGCUUUUCCUUUUUGCUGAGGAAA